GAAAGGGAGGGCGCGAUUUUCGGAAAGCGCGGUCACGUCGCUAAAAAUAGACGGGAUCCUCGUGUGUGCGUGUGCGCUGGAUGCUUUUAAACAUAGUUUUGGCAGACAGAAACGUCAAAUCGCCUCGGAGUAGCAAAGCGCGAGAAUCGUUCGUUUCGCAAAUUUCGCGAAGAGAGCGUCUGUUCCCCGCCGAAACACGAUUAUCGUCUCAAAAGAAUCUCGGAAGAUCCCGUGUAAAUUUCGUUCUUUCGUCCUUUUUUAAGACACUCGCGAUAUCAAGUCUCGAUCCGUUAAUUAAAGGGAAGAGUAUGAAUGGUGUAUCGAAGAAGUUUGACAAGGAGAAUCAGAGGCCGAUGGCGACAAUGCAACCAGACGAUAAGAACACAGCCGACGUGCAGCAGGAAGAGUAUCAAUCGUAUGAAAUGUUAGCUCGCAGUCUCUAAUCCUUGCGUCUCAUUCAUCAUCGUAGACAAGAGUCUCGCUUUUGCAAGUUUGACAUUGUUUAUUUCGCAGUAGACCAACACCCGCGAGAAAACGAUGGCUUGUCAUUAGUUUCUGCAUCGUAGCUCGAUCGACCAGCUCGUUUCUGCUUACUGGGGAGAGUAAAUGACAAUUUCUCGUUGUUUUGCGGUGCGGUUCAGUGUGAUGUCAGCGGGUAAUAAAAGUGCGGACGAGGCUGUGAACGAUGCGCUGUUGGAGAAGCUGCGAACUCACGCGGCUAAACCGCAGGAGGCAGGCGACGCGCUCAGGGUGAUCGCGGCCAAGAUUCACGCACGUGUCACCUCGUCAGAUCGGCGAAUACGCGAGCGUACAUUGGAAAAGCUCUGGCGCAAGAAUUCCGGUACGAUGGAAUCGUUUAUUAUGACACUGGAGAACUGUAAGGAUCACGUUGUCAAUUGCAGUAUCACCGGUAUACUUCGCGAAUGCAUAUCACCUCGAGUGUUCAAAAGCAAAUCUAAGGAGAAGGCGAGCAAGAACAAGAACACUACAAGAACCAGUAGUCGCAUGGCGGUCAUUCAACUGAUCAACUUAGGUGUCACGCAAGUCCUAGUUAAACAUUUAAUUACUCUGCAUCAUGCAGACACUAUCACGAGCGAAGUACUCACUCAAGACAUUCUCUGGAUUUUGGGCCAGGUGGCUCCGAGGGACCAGAAAUUUGUGUCAAAAAUAAAAUUGCUCAACUCCGUAAAAGUGUUCCAUGCGUUAUUAAAACAGCAUUACAACAACAGCAGGACAUUAUUGUCGCUACUGUUGAUUGUCAAAACUCUUGCUAAAAACUCUUUUUCCUUACAAAUGCUAGUGAAAGACGGCAUUACUAGCACCUUGGAGAAAACGUUCGUCAGUGUCGGUUAUACGCCACACUUGAAGUUGAAGAUAUUGUUAGAAUGUUUCAAACAUUUAACAAUUAAUAAACUUUGCUGCAGCAAAUUCGUUAAAAUCGGAAUGGUAUAUCUGCUAAUGCGUAUCUUCGAAAGGUGGGACAAAUUCGACGGGCAGAUGCGACUGAAGAUUUGUAAUCACGCUCUUAAUACGCUUCAGCAUCUCUGUGUUAUAAAAGCUGGAAGGAAGGCUAUCAAGUCGAACAAUGGCCUACUGCUACUGUAUCGGUUUUGUACAAACUGUCCUGAGGACAAGGCUUAUGACUGCCUGCUGUCGCGUAUCUGUGGGAUAAUCAAUCAGUGUCUGGAGAAGAGGGAGCUGCCGGUACCCGAAAUGUCGCCCGCGAGAUUCGUUUUGCCCGAAGCGAAUGUCAGAGCGAACAGCGCUGAAAGCGGUAGCGACAUCGACAGCCAGGCGAACAGCGUGGCUUCCAUCGGUAGAUUGUACAGCGAUCUCGAUUCUGGUGAUGACGAGGAGAGCCAUGACUCUAGAAAUAUGGUAGAUAAUGCGAUUCACGUGGGCGAUCAGGUGGACGAGAGUAAAUUCUUCGCUGGGGUCUUUACUACAAGGAGAUCCGAAGAGGACCUCGUUGGAUACCAUACGUUCUUCAAGGAAUUGGGCGGUUUGCAAUCACAAUUACGUAUCGGGCCAUCAAACGUUAAACUGGCCGAUCUUUGCUCGGCAGAAGAUAAUCGAAUCAACUCUCAGCUCACGAAGAACGGAAAGGCUUCGAUCAAAGAAUUUUCGAAAUUUAACGGUGCGACGAGGGUUCGAUCAAGCGACACGCACGCUUUGAAGAUCUUACGAGACGUAUCGAGAAACGUCACGGAUCGACAAGCGUACUGCGCCGUGGCGAGCAAGGUGAGAAGCAUUAUCGGUUUCGUCAAGGUCGCCUAUCCGGACCUCAUCGGUGGCGACGGUUUGGGGAAAGCCGAGCCGCUCAAUGCCAAGGAUAGAAAAGUUUGUCGUGCGAAACUGCUGACCUGCGUGGAGAGGGGCCUUCACGCCUCUACGACAAUUCAAGAAGUCGUCUACGAUCUCGACGCUCUCGCGAACGCCGCUUCCCAGCGAACGUCGAACGAUGAGCGGCUUUUCGGCAACUGGGACGAGAGCAGGAUCACCGGCAAGCGCAACUCGAUGGACGCGAGGCAGUUGCAGUUCGAGUCUAGAUUCGAAAGCGGAAAUCUAAGGAAAGCUAUUCAGAUAAACCAACGAGAGUACGACCUCAUCCUCACGCCGGAUGUCAACAGCGGUUCCAGGCAUCAGUGGUUCUACUUCGAGGUCUCCGGCAUGGAGGCGAACGUGCCGUACACGUUCAAUAUAAUCAAUUGCGAGAAGGCAAAUUCGCAAUUCAAUUUCGGUAUGAAACCGAUAUUGUUUAGCGUCACGGAAGCGCUAUGCGGCAAACCGGGUUGGGUGAGAACCGGCGUCGACAUCUGCUACUAUCGGAACUGUUACCAACGACCUGCCAAAGGGAAGGCGUAUCUCACAACAUCCUUCACGGUCACGUUCCCGCACAUGUACGACGUCUGUUAUCUGGCAUAUCAUUUUCCAUACACGUACAGUCGGCUGAUAACCAACAUCUGGAAGUGGACGAGGAGCGUCUCCACGAAAAACAUGUACUUUCGCGCGGAGACGCUCUGCGAGACCUUGAAUGGCAAUGAGAAUCCCGUACUCACCAUCACGUCACCAGAUUCCCAGACCAAUCCUAUACAAAAUCGAAAGAUGAUCUUCUUAACGUCCAGAGUGCAUCCUGGUGAAAGUAACGCGUCUUGGGUGAUGCAUGGAACCAUGGAGGCCCUUCUAAGCAACAGCCAAUACGCCAGCAGUCUACGUGACGAUUAUGUGUUCAAAAUAAUUCCUAUGCUAAAUAUAGAAGGAGUCGUGAACGGCUGCAAUCGUUACGGUCUGACGAACGAAGACCUGAAUCGACGCUGGAGCAAUCCCAAUCAGGUGUACCACCCGGUGAUCUAUCACACCAAGGGCCUGAUGGAGUACUGCGCCAGGGUGCUUCAGAGGCCGCCCCACGUUUUCGUCGACUACCACGGCCACUCGCGAAGGAAGAACGUGUUUCUGUUCGGUUGUUCAAGGUCGGGUUCCUGGAGCGCCGCUGACAGAACGAAACCGGACCAGCCGGUGCAGUAUUUGAUGUUACCGCAUCUCAUGCAGAGGACCUCGCCGGCUUUCGCUCUGCCACUCUGUUCCUUCAAGGUUGAGAGGAAUAAAGAAUCCACUGCCAGAGUCGCCGUGUGGCGGCAGUUGGGUGUCUCGAGAAGUUACACGAUGGAGAGCAGUUUUUGUGGAUGCGAUCAAGGCAUAUUGGCCGGUUUGCAUCUCGAUACAGGACAUCUUAAAGCCAUUGGGACAGAUUUCUGUCAAGCUCUAUCCAUGAUGAAAGACGGCGGUGACAAUUGGACUGUCGGAAACUCGACGGAGCAGGCCUGUUGCCCGAGAAAGUGCAUCUUACGAAAAUCGCGGAAGAUUUCAAAAUGUAUUCAGGAUAAACACGCUAUACAUCAUACUACGGCACUAUCUUAGCAAACGAGAUAAUUAAACAAUUGUGAUUUUAAGAAUUUCUAUGGAAGGACAUCUCCUCGAGGAGACAGGCUGCAUAGACGAUGAAGAAUGUUCUGAUAGCGGAUCUAAUGAAUCCGAUUUUCAAACUUAGGAGGUUCCGCGCUUUAGUCAAGGAUCAGAGAAUUAAGAAAUUCAUUAUUCAAUUGUUCGCACAUAAACUUAAAAGUUAACAUAAAAAUUAUAUAAAUUUCCGUUCUAAUAAUAUAGCACCAAGUGUGUUGCACUUUAUCAAGAGAUACAUAUCUUAAACAAUGUUCAUUUAAAACUAGUAAUAAAGUUUAACCUUUAUGAAAAUACUAUGUCGCAUAUUUGUGUGUAUUUUAGAAAUUGAAUAUAUUUCGAAAAUUGAAUUUUACUGUAUAAAUAAAAUUAUCCAUUCGUUAUAGAUUUAAUACGCGUGAGAGGGCUACUUAAGUUAGUUAUACAUGGCUGCGUAUAAUUAUUUAGCUAAAAAAAAUAAAAUUUGAAUAAGAAUUUGAUAUAUAUUAUUAAAAAAAUUAUCAUUUAAAUAAUAAUAAAACAUAAAGUUUUAUAUAUUUGAGAAAUUUAAACAUGAAAAAGGCAGAUAUUAAACGAUAUCAAAGUUAAGAUAAGGGAGUUGUAUCCACAUUCCCUCAUAUUGUACCUCGCUCUAUACUUUGUACACUUAACGUAUAUAAAUAUAGCAAAUAAAUGUUAUUGAACUGUUA